AUGAGGAUAUUUCGAAGAUUUAUCCAUAUUAAGAAGAUACCUUCACUAUACUGGGGGAACAAUGAGAGAACAAAGGGUUUUGGAACUAAAGAAUUACUCGCUAAAUUAAAUUUAAUCUAUUAUCCUCAUUCGGGACUCGUACAUUGGUUACCAUUGGGAUUACAGAUGAGAAAUAAGAUUGAAACUAUUAUUAGAAAACAUAUGGAUGAAAUCGGAUUUGAAGAAAUUGAACUUUCACUGUUGACUGAUACAGCACUCUGGAAAGUGUCGGGACGAUUAGAUACCAAUAAAGAAUUAUUUAGUGUAGAUUCUAAGUUUCUAUUAUCACCAACGUCAGAAGAAGAGAUCACUGCUUUAGUGAAGAAAACAACAAGUAGUUAUAAACAGUUUCCUUUACUUUUUUAUCAGAUUGGUAAUAAAUAUAGAAAUGAAAAGAGACCAAGAGGUGGAUUGUUAAGAGGUAAGGAAUUUCUAAUGAAGGAUGGAUAUUCAUUUGAUUUGAGUGAAGAGGCAGCGAUGAAUACUUAUCAUUCAGUAUUUGGAGCUUAUGAAAAGAUAUUUGAUGAUUUAAGAUUGCCUUAUGUUAAAGCUGAAGCUGAUAGUGGGGAUAUCGGGGGUACCUUAAGUCAUGAAUGGCAUUAUUUAGAUGUGACUGGAGAAGAUACGAUAUUUGAAUGUAAUCAUUGUCAUUCUACAUCCAAUAUAGAAAAGACAUUAUCAUAUGCAAAACCUAUAAAUCAAUUUCAUCCAGUGGACGUCAAAUAUUUCCGAACUACCGAUCACUCAACUUUAGUUUGUGCUUAUUAUCCUAGAGGUAGAGUUUUAGAUACUAACUUUAUUAAGAAUGAAGUAGAUAUUGAUUUAGAUUCCGAUAUUCUGGAGGAGGAAUUAUUAGAGGAUUUUUCUGAUCAAGAAACCCUUCCUAGUAAGAAAUUUUUAAGAAUAAUGGAUUCUAGAUUAUCAUCUCGAUCAGAACUACCUGAGUUCCCAAUACUUUUUCUUAGUAGAGCUUCCUUUACAACUUUAACAGAUAUUCCUAUUGUUCAAGCUAUUGAUGGAGAAAUAUGUACCCUGUGUAAUAAAGGUGAAUUAAAAGCUUCCAAAUCUAUUGAAGUUGGUCAUACGUUCUAUUUGGGUGACAAGUACAGUCGUCCAUUUGAAUGUUCAGUUAUCAUGCCUGAAACUGGACGUCAAGAUCUAAUUAUGGGAUGUUAUGGUAUAGGAGUUAGUCGUAUUAUUGGAGCAAUUGGUGAAGUGAAUCGUGAUGAAAAGGGAUUAAGAUGGCCUGCUAUAAUAGCUCCUUGGCAUGUUACUACUAUUGAGGCGGUAGAUGGAGACUACAAUGAACUUUAUGAGCAAUUAAAUGAAAAUGAUAUUGAUUACAAACUUGAUCAUAGUGAUAAUAAUUUAGGAAAGAAAUGUGCUCAAUCCAAUUUAUUGGGUAUUCCUUUGGUUUUGAUAGUAGGUAGAGAUUUUCCUAUAGUAAAGAUAGAACCUAGAGGCAAGAGAUUUACUGAUGAUUUAGAUUGGAAGAAAUUAUAUGAAUCCAAACAUGAAGAAUUUCAAUGGACAGUUAAUUGUGAUAGAGAAGGUAAUGAUGUAAGUCAUAGUGUACAUAAAGACGGAGCUAUUGCCGUCAUUAAAUCUUUAUUAAAAGAUAUGUAA